AUGGAAAUAGCAGCCGACAGCCAGGAAUCUGGCAGUCCACCGCCGAGCCCCACCGACUCCGCCGCAUCAGAACCUGCGCCCACCCUAGUUCACAUCAAACAGGAGACAAUGGCACCAGACACUGAUAUAAAGGAAUACUAUGGAUCUUUAGACUUUGGCAUAACUGAUACUUAUCUUCCGCCGAAUUAUGCAGAAUACGAACGAAGUUAUCUAUCAAGACCCUUAGAUUUACCUAAUCAAAGGUUUCUUGAUCCCGGAAAAAGUCCUGAUGAGAGAGACGAAGAUUCUAAAGAAGAUGGCGAACUUGAUGUUAGCUCCGAACUUAAUUUACCCAGUGAGCUAGUGUUGAAAGCGGGUGGUAUAUUCGCGAGAGUCAAUAUAGCUAAUGGAACUAAGUACGGACCAUUCAAUGGAAAAUGGGAGACGCAGCCCCUAGACAGAAGAUACGCUUGGGAGGUGCUUGGUAAGAAUGGUAUCCGAGGUUGGCUGGACGGUACGGCAGAGAAGACGAACUGGCUGAAACUGGUGCGCUCAACCAACUAUCCUCACGACGUCAACGUUCAGCAUCUGUUGGUUGCCGGACAAAUUUGGUACAAAGUGACUCGUGAGAUAGUUUCCGGGCAGGAGUUAUUGCUUGGUCCACGGACGCCACUACCAUUGCAAGACGUGUUAGCAGCUGCAGGUCGAGAAAGUUCGAACAUAAAUUCCUCGAGCGGGUCCCAGUCUGUAGGCGAAGAAGAAGAACGCGAGGACACGGAACCGAGGUGCUCCUUCUGCGAUUCACCAUUCCCUAACAUUGAUGUGCUUGACCGCCACUUGAUCCAGGCGCAUGCUCAACCCGCAGCCGCGUUCCACUGUGAGCUUUGCAACCGUGCUUAUAGUUCUCGUGCAUUGUUGUUGAGGCAUCGGGCUCUUGCUCAUACAGACAUAAGGAAAUAUCCUUGUGAGAACUGCCCCAAGGUAUUUACCGAUCCUUCCAACCUGCAGCGCCACAUCCGCGCGCAGCACGUGGGUGCACGCAGCCACGCAUGUCCAGAGUGCGGCAAGACCUUCGCGACCUCCUCCGGCCUCAAGCAGCACACCCAUAUACACUCCAGUGUUAAGCCCUUCCAAUGCAAGGUUUGCUUCAAGGCUUACACUCAAUUCUCCAAUCUGUGCCGCCACAAACGAAUGCACGUUGCGUGUAGAGCACUUGUUGAGUGUGGAAAGUGCGGUCAGUCCUUCACAUCAUACGCAUCCCUCACUAAACAUAAAAGAUUUUGUGAUACAGCAACAGCUGCAAACGUUAACUUACGUGGCCAACUUCCUCAAGGACUUCCUCAAAUACCGCCCUUACCAAACGUUGGCAUGAAUACUCCAAAUAAUGCUAAUCCGUUUCCCAUGUACAGGGGACCUUUACCGUUACCCUACAACACCUUCGCUCAUUACCCAGCUUUAUUUUCUGCUGCGGCUGCCGCUUGUCCACCAGAAUUUUUAAAUCCUUUGCUAUUUAACGUACAAGGAGCAAGAUUAGCUAUGGAACACGAUAUGGCGAUGAGCGCUAACUUGGCAUCCAAACAACAAGAAGAACGUAUGUCUGUUAAAAGCAUGGACAGCACAACUUCUAUUGAAGAUAUGAAAAGGACUAAAGAUUCAGAAUUUGAAGGUCAUAAGCAGGAGGAUAAUUUGGAUAGAAAUACACCAACGAAUUCUCAUGGUCUAUAUGUAAAACCCUCUCUUCCUUCUGCAGAGCGGCCCUCAACCCAGCAACGUUGCUCGCCUGCAAAGCCUGUUCCGGCACCAUUAAAUUCGUUCAACUUUUCAAGAGACGACAUGAAACAGAAUACACCUUUUAACUUGUCGCUAAAGCUCAAUAACAAUGACUGUGUGGGAAGGAAAUCAGCUUCACCAUCUACAGCUAAAGAUUUAUCCAAUAUCUCAGGAAACGAUGUUGAUAAACAUUCUUCGUAUUCAGAUACCGAGGAAGAUGCGAAAAAAGAUCAAGGUGAUCAACCGCUAGAUCUAUCUGUCUCAAGAAAACAAAGCGACAAAGAGUCUGAGAUCGACAACGAUGAUCGCUCCUUUCGUAAUUCAUCAGUCAAGUCUUAUUCACCACCAGAAAGUCCAAAUGAACGCGAGACUAAAACUCCUGAGAAUGAUACAAUAGAUGUUGAUGUGGAAGGAGUAGAACCGAAACGUGAAGAUUCACCACAGCAAAUGGUGUCCACACCAUUAGCGUUUCCAAUGCCCGUCCAUCCUCAACAUAACAAUAGCAUAAUUGACGCGAUGUACCGACCUCGAUUUUCGUCCUUUCACACUGCCUCUGAUUCGCUUCUGAACCCCUCGCAUUCACCAUAUGUACCCAGUCCGUUUAAUUUUUUAUCCCCACUUCUCGGUACUGACGGUCCAGAUAGACAACCGAGUGCGUACGCCAAGUUUAGAGAACUGAGUGCUGGAACAGGUAAGCUCCGUGACCGUUACGCUUGUAAAUUUUGCGGAAAAGUAUUUCCAAGGAGCGCCAAUCUGACACGACAUUUGAGGACUCACACAGGAGAGCAGCCCUACAAAUGCAAAUAUUGUGAGCGAUCUUUCUCUAUUUCGUCCAACUUGCAGCGACACGUUCGCAACAUACAUAACAAGGAACGUCCAUUUCGGUGUCCUUUAUGCGAUAGAUGCUUUGGACAGCAGACGAACCUCGAUCGACAUUUGAAGAAGCACGAGGCAGAAGGGGGAGAUUCGCCCAGUUCAGCGGACACAGAAAGAGAAGACGCUUAUUUUGACGAUAUAAGAUCAUUUAUGGGGAAGGUGACUUGUUCGCCAGGAGCUCGCACCCCACCAGCGACCUCGCCGCAUACUCCUCACCCUCCGCAUCCACCUCACCGUCCCUCCCUUGCCAUCUCUACAUAG